AUGGAUACCGCGGGGGCGAGGGAAGUCACAGACACCGCAGAAGAAGAGAGCUUUGCGCUGUCCAUCUCUUCCACCUCUGAUGCAGAAUUUGAUGCUGUGGUUGGAAACAUAGAGGACAUUAUCAUGGAUGACGAGUUCCAAGUGUUGCAGAGAAGUUUCAUGGACAAAUACUACGAGGAGUUUGAAGACACGGAAGAGAAUAAACUCGCGUACACGCCUAUUUUUAAUGAAUACCUUUCUUUGGUAGAAAAAUAUAUUGAAGAACAGCUGCUGAAACGGAUUCCCGGAUUCAACAUGGCCGCUUUCACAUCAACGUUAAAACACCAUAAAGAUGAAGUGACUGAUGACAUAUUCGACAUGCUGCUCACGUUUAUGGAUUUUCUGGCAUUUAAGGAAAUGUUUCUGGACUACAAAGCAGAAAAAGAAGGCCGGGGACUGGACUUAAGCAGUGAUUUAGUGGUGACUUCGUUGUGCAAAGCAUCGUCCACGCCAGCUUCCCAGAAUACUCUGCGGCACUAGCUCCCACGUCCGUGCAACUCGAGCCUUCCGAACAUCGCACCCAAAAAGCCGGAAGAGGUUUGCGCUAGUAAUGACGGGAGGCUCUGU